AUGCCCUCUCCGCCCGACCUCCUCGCCUCUUCCGUCCCCCGGGUCGGCGUCGCCGUGUUCAUCCUCCAUGUCGACCCCGACCCCAACUCCAACGCCGCCAACGCCCCAACCAAUCCGAAAUCCGCGAGCCUGCUGCCCAAAUUCCUGCUCGGCCAACGCCUAGGCUCGCACGGCGCCGGCACCUGGGCCUUACCCGGCGGCCAUCUGGAAUUCGGCGAGUCGUUGGAGGAGUGCGCGGCCCGCGAAGUGCGGGAAGAGACGGGGCUCGAGGUGGACGAGAUCGAAUUCCUCACGGCGACGAACGAUGUCAUGCCGUUCGAGGCAUCGCCCGCCACAACCACAACGACGACGACAGGAGCGGCGACGCAAGGGAGCGUCAGGGGGAAGCACUACGUGACCAUCUUCAUGACAGCGCGGGUCAAGCAGGCCGCCGCCGCCGCCGCCAAUCAAUCACGAGCCACGGGGAUGCCGGAGGCGAAAUUGCUCGAGCCGGACAAAUGCGCCGGGUGGGAGUGGGUGUCCUGGGACGACUUGACGCGGUGGGCGAGACCACAACUCGCGCGCCUCGAGCGCGAGGAGACCGGCGACGGCGAAGCACAGCGGCCGCUUUCAGCACAGGAAGAGGAUACAACAGCAGCAGCAGCAGCAGCACGACAUGGACAAGUGACCGGCGGUUCGGCGGAGCAGGAAAGUGGCAACGGAGCGGGUUCUGCACACGAUACAAAGGUGGCAGCCCGCACACUGUUCCUUCCCAUGAUCUCGCUCCUGGUCCAGCGGCCUGGAGUGAUUCCCGGCCAGGUCAGUCAGAGGUGA